AUGACUUUCACUCACCAUUCACGAAGUAGUGACUUGGAAUCUCAUGGAUCUCAUUAUCAAAUCCCAAUAGAAAAACUCCAAUCCUUAUUUGAUCCUAAAUCUAUCCGGAAUUUAUUGAAAAUAGGAGGUUUGAAAGCAUUAACACUUGACUUAAAUACAGAUCUUCAUUCAGGUUUAUCACAAGAUUAUAAUGAAAAUGAUAUCAAACAACGGAUCAAUAUCUAUGGGAAAAAUAAAUUGCCAAAUAAAUCCCAGAAAUCGCUAUUGUCUUUAUGUUGGGAAGCUUUACAUGAUCAAGUUUUAAUUAUUCUUUCAAUUUCGGCAAUUAUUUCCUUUGUACUUGGCUUAUAUUUGGCAUAUUUUGAGCCCCCGGAAUAUGAUGAAGAUGGUAACCCUUUACCAAAUUUAGAAUGGGUUGAUGGUUGUGCCAUUAUACUGGCUGUGAUUAUCGUAGUUUUAGUUGGUGCCAUCAAUGACUUUAAUAAAGAAAAACAAUUUAUGAAAUUAAACAAUAAAAAGGAUGAUAGGAAAAUAAUUGUUUAUCGCUCCAAUGUUAAAACUUAUAUAUCAAUUUAUGAUUUGUUGGUUGGUGAUUUACUCUAUGUUGAAACAGGUGAUAUCAUACCGGCAGAUGCAAUCCUGAUUUCUGGAGAAUGUUCUUGUGAUGAAUCUUCAUUAACAGGAGAAUCUAGAACUAUUGAUAAAAAACCAAUAGAUCAAGCACUAUCUUAUUUUAAUGAUGAAAUUAAAUCAAUAAAAUCUCAAUCCUUUGCUUCUACAAUUUCUACAAGCUCUUCUUCGAGAUUCGAUGUGGGGGAUUCGGAUGUAUUGGAUCCUUUCCUUGUAUCUGGAUCCAAACUAUUAUCAGGAAAUGGUAAAGCCCUGGUCAUUUGUAUUGGUGAACAUUCCGUAAAUGGUAAAAUGAUGAUGUCUCUAUUCCAUGGGAAUGAAGAUGAAGAAGAUGCAGAGGAAACCCCCCUACAGGUUAGGUUGGACCAUUUGGCAAAUAACAUCUCAAAAUAUGGAUUUUUAGCUGCUAUUGGGUUAUUUCUUGGGCUGUUUUUGAAGUUCUUGUAUCAAUUGUCAACAGUGUUGGCUCAUCUAUCUUUAUUACAGAAGUUUUCCAAAUUUAUCAAUAUCGUUAUUACAGCUAUAACUGUCGUUGUUGUUGCUAUUCCAGAAGGUUUACCAUUAGCAGUUACUCUCGCAUUAGCGUUUGCUACAACCAGAAUGAUGGAAGAUGGUAAUCUAGUUCGGGUAUUGAAAAGUUGUGAAACUAUGGGCGGUGCAACUUGUAUCUGUUCCGAUAAGACAGGUACUUUAACCAUCAACAAAAUGACAAUUGUUGAAGGGUUGAUUGGGGACGAUUAUUUCAUUGAUAAUGGAAAAAAAUCUACAAUAGAUAACAGCAACCAUAGUCAUUCCUCCAUCGAAAUUUUACAACAUUGUAACGACAAACUAAUUGAUGUGUUGUUGAAGAAUAUAUUUCUUAACUCUACAGCUUUUGAAAAUAUCGAACCGCAAAGAAGGACAACUACAAAUAGUGAAUUGAAUAAACCUAAAAGUUCAGUUUUGGAUUCAUUGAAAACUCUAUUCAAGUCUGAGAGAUACAAUCAUAUUCUUCCUUUAUCAUCAGAUUCGUCAAAUUCGAAUAGCAAUGCAACUAUUACUGAAAAGCCAGAUGAAUUUGUUGGUUCAAAAACUGAAUGUGCUUUAUUGGAGUUUGUUAAAUAUAAGGUUUCGCAAGUCGAUCCACGAAUCCCUACCGUUUCUAAAUACAGAGAUGAUUUCGAAUCUAAUAUUGUGAAAACUGUUCCUUUUGAGUCUUCCCUAAAAUGGUCUGGAGUGGUUUACCAUGACACUAGCAAGAACAAUUAUACUUUUUUGAUCAAAGGUGCAGCUGAAAUCGUAUUGGAUUAUUGUGAUUAUAUCACUGGUAUGGAUGGCCAUAUCCAAAAGUUUAGUAAAAAUGAGAAGGAAAAUAUUGGUGAGAAAAGACAAGAUAUGGCUAAAAAUGCAUUACGGGCAGUUUCACUUGCUCAUUAUACUUUCAAAGAGUCUGAAAUAUCUAAAAUAGACUGGAGUAAAAUUAGUGCUGAUGAUUUGGUUCAAUAUCCGUUAGUGCUAGACCUAAUAGUUGGAAUUCAAGAUCCUUUACGUCCAGGCGUGAGGGAAGCCAUUGAACAGUGCCAUAGGGCUGGUGUUGAUGUAAGGAUGGUCACUGGUGACAACGUAUUGACAGCCAGGGCAAUAUCAAAAGGUUGUGGUAUUUUAGAUGAUGAUACUUUUGAUGAUCCCAGCUAUUUCAUGGAAGGUCCGAAGUUUAGAAGUUUGAGCGAUAGUGAAAGGCUAAGAAUCAUUCCGAAUUUGCAUGUUUUAGCUAGAUCAAGCCCUGAAGACAAAAGAAUUCUUGUCCAGACUCUAAAGAAAUUAGGGGAAGUUGUUGCAGUUACUGGUGAUGGUACCAAUGAUGCGCCUGCACUAAAAUUGGCUGACGUUGGAUUUUCAAUGGGAAUAUCAGGUACUGAAGUUGCAAGGGAGGCGAGCGAUAUUGUCUUGAUGUCAGAUGAUUUCCCAUCAAUUGUGAAUGCAAUUAAAUGGGGGAGAACUGUUGCUGCGUCUAUCAGGAAAUUUGUUCAAUUCCAAUUAACUGUCAAUUUUACUGCGGUAACCUUGACAAUCGUUUCUGCAGUUGCCAGUGACGACGAUACCAGUGUUCUUACUGCGGUUCAGCUUUUAUGGGUGAAUCUAAUCAUGGAUACCUUAGCUGCUUUAGCUUUAGCUACUGAUAAACCAGAUGAUGAUAUCUUAGAUUCGAAACCAGAAGGGCGUUCGAAAUUAAUGAUUUCUCCAAACAUGUGGAAAAUGAUUCUAGGCAUGUCAAUUUUCCAGUUAGGUAUAACCACAACUUUAAAUUUCAAAGGUUCUCAAAUCUUUUAUGGGCUACCUUAUGAUGAAGUUAACACCCAUGAUAAAUUUUCUCUAAAGGCAAUGACAUUUAACACGUUUGUCUGGAUGCAGGUGUUUACAUUAUUUGUCUCUAGGAUUUUGAAUGAGCCAUUGUGUUUGAAUCCAAGUUCAACUUUAAGGGAGAGGUUGUGUUACCAGAAUAUAGGGUUUUUCAGAAAUAUAACCAGGAACUAUUGGUUUAUUAGUAUUGUAUCUACUAUUUCGGUUUCCCAGGUUAUAAUUAUGUUUUAUGGGGGCCGUGUUUUCUCAAUUGCACCCCAAACUUUUGGUAUGUGGGCCACUGCUUUAGGAAGUGGUUUUUCAAUGAUCUUCUUUGGUGGUCUAUUACGUUUAGUUCCCGAUUAUUGGCUUACAGAUUAUCUACCAAUCGAUGGUUUAUGUCGUGUAAUCUAUGGUCUUGAAUGGUUUAUAUUUGGUUGUGGAUAUUUCCAAUCCCCUGAACAUAGGGAAGAUUAUGAAAGUUUUUUUGAUUCUAGCGAUAAUAUUAUACAAGAUGGAGAUAACCUUGUUGCAAGCCAACACUCAUCCGAUAUUUCUAGAGGCACCAGCUCUCCUACAUUUGUGUCCAGUGGAAGCCCAAGCCCCAUGCUGGAGCCAUCACAUUCUGGCGAGACUCAUAAAAUGAACAAACUAAAGUCUUUAUUGAUAAGGAGUAACAAUACAAGUGCUUCAAGCUUGACAAAAGAGCCAAAUGAAAGAUCUUCUUCAUUUACAAGAACUCGUUCACCUUCACAAACUAAUUUAUUUGAUAGUGUUUCUGUACAGCCAAACUAUACAGAUAUCGAUGUUAGCGCAUCCAAAUGA